AUGCGCGAGAAGCCCGUCAGAAAGGCGGGUGGUCCUGAUCAACAACAUGGUGACUCGGGGGCGCUAUAGGUGCCCAUUCCAAAGGGUGUAAGAGGCCCUGCCUUUCCCCGCUACCUCCUUUCUACGGUGCUGCGUUCACCAUGGCCCGGCACAGGAACGUGCGCGGCUAUAACUACGACGAAGACUUCGAAGAAGAUGAUGUCUAUGGACAGUCUGUAGAGGAUGAUUAUUGUAUUUCACCUUCAACAGCUGCUCAGUUUAUCUAUUCAAGACGAGAUAAUCCACCAUUUGCUGAAACAGAAGAAUAUGGCUACAAAGAUACCGAACAUAGCAAUUACAGUGUCUCUAGUCAUCAGCUAACAGAAGUUGAAAAAGUUCAGCUUGAUUCAUGCCUUGACCACAUGAGGGAAUUACUUGGGGAGUCUGUGCCAGAGAAGGUGAUGGUGGAAGCAGUACUGAACAGCAAAUUUGAUGUGCAGCAGGCUUUGGAUUCUGUGCUUGCACAACUUAGCAAGCAAGAUACGAAGAUCAAGAAUGAAGAUACUGUAAUUUCAGGAAAGGCAACAAAAGGAAAAAACAGAGAUUCCCAGACAACCAGAAUUGAAUCUGAUGUUGUGCCAAAAGUUACCAAAAUGACUGUGUCUGGAAAGAAACAAUCUACUGGCUUUGAAGUUCCAGGUGUGAAUGCUGAGGAGAAUGGGCAUAAUGCUCUUACGCCACAAAAAGGAAUCUCAGCUGGAGAUGGCAGUGCCAAUUUGGGGAUUACUGAGGUUCCAUCCAAACCAGCACUUUCAUCUCAGACUGUUCAAGCAUUAGAAGAACAGACUUCAGCUCCGACUCCAAUGAAAAAGUCUGGAAAAGCAAAGCAACAAAUAGAUGUGAAAGCUGAGCUGGAAAAGAGACAAGGAGGAAAGCACUGGCUUAACCUUGUGGUAAUAGGACAUGUUGAUGCAGGAAAAAGUACUCUAAUGGGUCAUUUACUCUAUCUUCUGGGCAACGUCAACAAGCGAACUAUGCACAAAUAUGAGCAGGAAUCCAAGAAAGCUGGAAAGGCAUCAUUUGCUUAUGCUUGGGUUUUAGAUGAGACAGGGGAAGAGAGAGAGAGGGGGGUGACAAUGGAUGUUGGUAUGACCAAAUUUGAGACACAAACAAAGGUAAUUACAUUGAUGGAUGCUCCUGGCCAUAAAGACUUCAUUCCAAACAUGAUAACAGGAGCUGCACAGGCUGAUGUAGCUAUACUAGUUGUGGAUGCCAGCAGAGGAGAGUUUGAAGCAGGGUUUGAAACCGGUGGACAGACACGAGAACAUGGACUAUUAGUUCGAUCACUUGGGGUAACACAGCUGGCAGUUGCGGUCAAUAAAAUGGAUCAGGUGAACUGGAAACAGGAGAGAUUUCUGGAAAUUGUUGUUAAACUUGGGCAGUUCCUUAAGCAAGCUGGCUUUAAGGAAUCAGAUGUAGCUUACAUCCCUACCAGUGGGCUUGGUGGUGAAAAUCUAGUUACAAGAAGUCAGUCAAGUGAGCUGACCAAAUGGUAUGAAGGAAAAUGCCUGCUAGAACAGAUUGAUUCUUUCAAGCCACCCCAAAGAUCAGUGGAUAAACCAUUCAGAUUAUGUGUAUCAGAUGUUUUUAAAGAUCAAGGAUCAGGAUUUUGUGUGACUGGUAAAAUAGAAGCAGGCUAUGUCCAGGUUGGAGAUCGACUGCUAGCAAUGCCUCCUAAUGAAACAUGCACUGUGAAAGGAAUUGCCCUGCACGAUGAACCAGUGGAUUGGGCUGCAGCAGGAGAUCACAUUAGUCUCACUCUGACUGGCAUGGAUAUCAUCAAAAUCAAGGUUGGCUGUGUAUUUUGUUGUCCCAAGGAACCUAUUAAAGUCUGUAUGCGCUUCAGAGCACGACUCCUCAUCUUCAAUAUUGAGAUUCCCAUCACCAAAGGAUUCCCUGUGCUUUUACAUUAUCAAACUGUAAGUGAGCCUGCCACUAUUAGAAGGUUAUUGAGUGUGCUUCACAAGAGUACAGGUGAAGUCACAAAGAAAAAACCUAAGUGUCUGGUUAAAGGACAGAAUGCUCUAAUAGAAUUGGAGACACAAAGACCCAUAGCUUUAGAACUUUAUAAAGACUUUAAAGAACUUGGAAGAUUUAUGUUACGCUACAGUGGAUCUACCAUAGCAGCAGGAGUUGUCACAGAGAUUAAAGAGUGAUUGUGGUACCAGGACUUCUGGAUUCCAACCAAACUGAAGAAUCUGGCUGAAUACCCUUGUUUGAAGAAUCUUGUAUCAUUUGAAGGAACAAAGGCAAUUACAUUGUUGAGAAGAGGGAAGACAGUACUGGGAAUUCUGCAAGCAUUUGGGGGCUGUCAUUGCUGCAAAACAAUAUGCCAAGAGGGGAAAUAUGAAAAUUGCACUACUUCAUUGCACAGGUUCCACCCAGUCUGAAACCUCACCCUAUCCGUUGGACUGUUUAUGAAAAGUUGAUCAGAAUAAUGUAUUAAAAGAAUGGUGACUCAUCAUGAAAAAAGCUUGUUACUUCCGGCCUUAAAACUUUGUUUACAAUUUUUUUUGAGCUGCUUAUUUGCUGCACACUUUUUCAUAAAUUACUUCAAUUGGGCUGAAACAUUUCGGGUUUUUAUACACACACACUUUCCAAGAAUCUUGUUUCCUUCUGUUUCAGAAAACAGAACAUAAUGCUGCACCCAGAAAUAAAUUUAUUCCUAUCCUAAUUUUAUUUAAAAACUUAUUUGUGUAGAUGUAGUUUGUCCAAUAAUGGCUAAUCUUAUUUUUUAAAUUGUAGAAGUAUAAUAAACUACUUGGUCUGA